AAAAAAUAUACAAGUUGAUUUAAUAAUUAUAAAAUUAACGACAGCUAAGUAGAGUAGAUGCCACAGCCAUAAUUUGAACAUAAUGGAUGUUUAUCUUAUUUUUCAUAUUGAUAACCACUGAAGCUUUUUCAAAAAUAAUUAAAGUUGGUAUUCCGAUUUUAUAAUAUAUAUGGUUAUAUUUGAUAGUAAAGCUAUCUCUAGUAGACAAUAAAAGAAUUUAGAAAAAUAUGUAUUAGCUCAGGCAAUGAGAGAUCUAACUUUGAAAAAUAAAAAGAAUUAGUAUCCAGAAAUAUUGAACUCAUUUAAUAGAAUCGAAAAUUUUUAGAUAAAAGUUAAUGAGCAUAUUCUAAUAUCAUAAAAUAUUUAAGCAAGUAAGUAACCUAAUAAUCAGCUAUCAGGAUAUAACAACUCAAAAAAAGGCAGAGAUGAAAUUUCACAGUUUUAGAGCAGAGCUGCCCUUCAAAUAUCAAUAUUUCACCAAAAUUAGAUAGUAAGUUUAUGAUAAUUUAGUCCAGAGAUUAAAAAGGUAUUAAUAUAUCAUUUUAUUUGAUAAAAAUCAUUCAUAAAUCUAAGAAUUCUUUUUUUAAUUGUAAUUAAAUGGCACAAUAUUAGGAGGAAUUCUAGUUAAGAAGAAUCAUUUUAAAAAUCCUAAAC